UCAUGCUCUUGUCAUCCUCCAGACCUACCCUUGGAAGCCCACGUCCAGGCGCCGUAAGUUCUACUACCAAGCUGUCUUUGUGGCCACCCUUGUGAAAAAAAGGAAGAUGGCCAAGGAGAGGGGCCUAAUGAGCCCCAAUGAUUUUGCCCAGCUGCAAAAAUACAUGGAAUACUCCACCAAGAAGGUCAGUGAUGUCCUAAAGCUCUUUGAGGAUGGUGAAAUGGCUGGAUAUGUCCAAGAAGAUGCCAUUGGGUAUGAGGGAUUCCAGCAAUUCCUGAAAAUCUACCUGGAAGUGGAUGAUGUUCCCAGUCACCUCAGCUUGGCCCUGUUUCAAUCCUUCCAGACUAGUUACUCCUUAGAAGAGACUGUAAAAAAAGAUAUGGUAUGUCUCAGUGAUGUCUCCUGCUACUUUUCCCUUCUGGAGGGUGGCCGACCAGAAGACAAGCUAGAAUUCACCUUCAAGCUGUACGACAUGGACAGAAAUGGGAUCCUGGACAGCUCAGAAGUGGAAAAAAUCAUCACACAGAUGAUGCGAGUGGCUGAAUACCUGGAUUGGGAUGUGUCUGAGCUGAAGCCGAUUCUUCAAGAAAUGAUGAAAGAGAUUGACUAUGAUGGCAGUGGCUCUGUCUCCCUGGCUGAGUGGCUCCGGGCUGGGGCCACUACGGUGCCAUUGCUAGUGCUGUUGGGCCUGGAGAUGACCCUGAAGGACAAUGGGCAGCACAUGUGGAGACCUAAGAGGUUCCCCCGACCAGUCUACUGCAACCUGUGCGAGUCAAGCAUUGGUCUUGGCAAACAGGGCCUGUGCUGUAACCUCUGUAAGUACACCGUUCACGACCAGUGUGCCAUGAAAGCCCUGCCUUGUGAAGUCAGCACCUAUGCCAAGUCUCGGAAGGACAUUGGUGUCCAAUCACAUGUGUGGGUGCGAGGAGGCUGUGUAUCUGGAAGAUGCGACCGCUGUCAGAAAAAAAUCCGGAUCUACCACGGUCUAGUUGGGCUGCAUUGUGUGUGGUGCCACCUAGAGAUCCACGAUGACUGCCUGCAAGCUGUGGGCCAUGAGUGUGACUGUGGGCUGCUCCGGGAUCACAUCUUGCCCCCAUCUUCCAUCUAUCCCAGCGUCUUGGCCUCUGGACAGGAGCAUAAAAGUACCAAAACAAGCCAGAAGAUCGUGGAUGAUUUAAAUUUGAGCACGUUUGAGGCUCUGCGGAUUGACCCUGUUGCUAACACCCACCCACUUCUGGUCUUUGUCAACCCUAAGAGUGGUGGGAAGCAGGGAGAGAGGGUGCUUUGGAAAUUCCAGUAUCUGCUAAACCCUCGACAGGUGUUCAACCUCCUAAAGGAUGGUCCUGAGCCAGGGCUUAGAUUCUUCAGAGAAGUUCCCGAUUACCGGAUUUUGGUGUGUGGUGGAGAUGGCACAGUAGGCUGGAUCCUCGAGACCAUUGACAAAGCCAACUUGCCUGUUGUGCCUCCUGUUGCUGUGUUACCCCUGGGCACUGGAAAUGAUCUAGCUCGUUGUCUAAGAUGGGGAGGAGGCUAUGAGGGACAGAAUUUGGGGAAGAUCCUCAAGGAUUUAGAGACGAGUAAGGUGGUACAUAUGGAUCGAUGGUCUGUGGAGGUGAUACCCCAACGAACUGAAGAAAAGUGUGACCCAGUCCCCUUUCAAAUCAUCAAUAACUACUUCUCCAUUGGUGUGGAUGCCUCUAUUGCUCACCGAUUCCACAUGAUGCGAGAGAAAUAUCCUGAGAAGUUCAACAGCAGAAUGAAGAACAAGCUAUGGUAUUUCGAAUUUGCCACAUCUGAAUCCAUCUUCUCAACAUGCAAAAAGCUGGAGGAGUCUUUGACAGUUGAGAUCUGUGGGAAACCACUGGAUCUGAGUUCCCUAUCUCUAGAAGGCAUUGCAGUCCUGAACAUUCCUAGCACGCAUGGUGGAUCCAACCUCUGGGGUGAUACCAAGAGACCCCAUGGGGACAUCCACGGGAUCAACCAGGCCUUAGGUUCCGCAGCUAAAGUCAUCACCGACCCUGACAUCCUGAAAACCAGUGUACCAGACCCAAGUGACAAGCGGCUGGAAGUAGUAGGGCUGGAGGGUGCGAUUGAAAUGGGCCAGAUCUAUACCAAGCUCAAAAAUGCUGGACGUCGGCUGGCCAAGUGCUCUGAGAUCACCUUUCAGUAAGGAAAACUCUGGCCAGG